CUUCCCGGCCCGGAGCCGCCCCGGCCGCUCGCCUGUCCGCCGUAGCGCCCAUCCCCCUCAGCCAUCCGCCCGGAGAGGUGCGCACUCGGCGGCUGCUCGCCAUGGAGAGAAUCCCGGGCUCCGAGUUCUGCCUCGUUGUCCUGCUGCUCGCGGUGCUGCCUGACUGUGCGCGGGGGACGCCCUGCGCCUGGGGGCGCGGAGAUGCUCGUUCUCUGUGCUAUCAAUUCAACAUCACUCCUAAAGGACAGCCAUGGUGUAAAAUUCAAGGCCAGUUUAAUGGAAACACAUUUCUUAAUGAUACUUGUGGUAGCGAGAAGUUCGAAUUCAUCAGUAUUCAGGAGAUGAAGGUGAAUGAAAGACAGGCCUGGAAUGAACAGACAGACACUCUGAAAUACGUGUUGGAAGAACUCAAAAAGAUCCUGCUUGACAUUGUACCAGAGAUGAUUACAGCUCGUGGGACAGGUCCUCUCUCCCUACAGGGCAGCAUGAUGUGUAAGCAGGAAUCCAGUGGACGCAAGAGUGCAUUAUGGGAGUUUCGAUUGGAUGGACAGAAAUUUCUCCUCUUUGACGCCACGACGGAAAGCUGGAUAUGGGAGCAUCCACAAAGCGGCCCCUUAAGAAAGGCACUGGAUGGUGACAGAAAGCUCCUUGUUACUAUCUCACUUGGAGACUGUGUGAACUGGCUUCAACAAGUUUCAGAAACCCAGGGUGAAGUUCUGGACUCAAAAGCUGCACCAAUCACAGUCCCCGCCCCAGCCACAACCACACCGAACAUAGCCUCAGCUUCACCAGCCAAGACCACAGACCAGUUCAAGACCUGGACCAUCAUUCCCUUCGUAUCUGUGAUUGUCACUGUCCUGAUAAUCCUUUGCAUCAUUGGGUACCAUUACAGAAAAAGAUCGCAGAAGAUGCUCACAUGCUGCUGGGAAUGUGGUCUAGUUCAGAAGGUGUCUCAGCUGUUUGGCUGCCUUUCCAUCUCCAGCUGUUCACCUGUUGACCUCCAGGAGCUGCCUUCCUUACAGCAAAUGCAGAGACUUGCAGAAGGUCGUGAGGAUACAGCAGAUGCAAUGCUCAUGUCCUGUAGUCCAUGAGAUGUUUGGCAACUCUGCACGUUUUUCAACAUUUGGCUCCAUUUUCUCUUGGUGCCAAUUGUUAUAGUUCUUGCAUUUAGUUCUCCAGCUGCUUGAAGAAGAAAUGUAACCAGAGAGAACAUUUCCAGUCUCUCCUUUUGUUGUGGAAAAUGAGGACGAUCUCUACCUCAGGAUCUUGUUGUAGCAAAUGAACGAGAUGCCCUGUGAGACUGCAGGGCCUCAGGGUUUCCUUCUCUGUCCUGGUCAAACCUCACCAUCUUUUAUUGUUAUUUUAUUUAUUAUUUGAUUAAUUAAUUUAAAAAGCCUCACCCGAGGAUAUAUUUUCUAUUGAUUUCUAGGGAGAGUGGAAAGGAAGUAGGAAGGGGUUUCUAGAGAGAGAGAAACAUGGAUAAGGAGAGACACAUGAGUUGGUUGCCUCCUGCAUGUAGCCCUACGGGGGUUGGGGAACCUGCAAAGGGAUGUAUGUGCCCUUGACCAAUCUUUGGGCUGAUGCUCUGUACACUGUCAAAGCAGUCAGGGCCUCACCAUCUUUUAAAGGGGAAGAUGAUGUUUAUGAUGGUUACUUUUAGAAAGUUUUAAACUAUGUAAUGCUACUUAAAUUUAUAUCUCUCUAUAAAGUAAUUUUAUAAAAAUACAAUUCCGUAGGAAUUUUGUUUUAUAACACGCAGUAUUUUAGGUGAUUAUUGUUUGUCCACGUCACGCAGUAAAUGAAACCAGGGAUUCUGACAAAUUACUAUGGAAACAGAAUUUACCACUUUACUGAUAUCAUGGAAUAAAAAAAUCAUAUGGAUCCUAAGGAAUGAGGAUUGUUCUGAUAUUACCAGCACACUGCACCCCUGCAGUGACUUACCUGUGAUUCUGUCCCCACAGACUCACCUCCUUCAGUGGCUGAAACGUCUCUAUUUUAAAAAAAAAGUAUUUUAUUGAUUUUUACAGAGAGGAAGGGAGAUAGAGAGUUAGACACAUUGAUGAGAGGGAAACAUGGACCAGCUGCCUCCCACUGGGGAUUGAGCCACAACCAAGGUACAUGCCCUUGGCCAGAAUUGAACCCAGGACCCUUCAGUCCAAGGCUGAUGUUCUCUCCACUGAGCCAAACCGGUCAGGGUGGAAACAGCUCUACUUCUCAAAGCUGUUUAAUCCGCUCAUAACAAAGAAUCGCCAUCCAGGAUAUAUAAAGAGCUACAAAUAAAUUAGAUCCCACCAAAUUGUUCAAAUAUGUAAGAGAAAGGUUGUGAGGAGUCCAAGGAAAAUAAAUUUUUAAAAAUAACCCAGCUAUUUUAUUGGAUGUGCUUUGGCUCCAUGGAUGAGGGGUUGUCUUCAGUCACUCGGAACAUUUGAUUCUGGUGUUUCCCUCUUGGCAUGAGAUGCCCGUCAUUUUCAUUUCAUUUCUUUUUGGAUCUUUAUAUCAUGAGGCACAUUAUUAUUGAUUAUUAUCCAUAUCAGUCGACUUCCUCCGUGCUCUUGU